AUGGGAAAGAAGAGACCCACGCUCAAGGGCACCGUCCAGCGUGGAUAUGCCACCACGUCAACUCCGAAGAAGGUUCAGGAUCCACCAACGCCAGCAAGCGCCGCGGCAAAGAAACCAGCUGCUAGUUCCGCCAGCACCUCCUCAGCAGCUGCGAUCGACUAUGAAAAGAUCAAUGACGAAAGCCUUGCAGAUAACCUCUCUGCAUCCAAGUCAAUAGCAGCCGACGCCAACGGCAGGGCAGCCGACGUAUUUGAUCCUGAAAAGGAGGAAGAGCAAGCAUUGCAGAACCUCGUCGACAAGCUUCAAGACCGAGUCGACAAGGAGGUCUCGAGACAGCACAAGGCAAUCGAAUAUGACCGUCGAUUCGCAAAGACUCUUCCUAACUUUGAGAUCGAGCCCGAGCUCCGAGAUCAAGUUCUUCAGGUGGCCGCCGACCUCAAUAAGCAAACAACCAUCGCUUCCGCUGUCGAUCCUACCGCCGCAGACGCACCAUCAGCCACGCCUGGCGCCUCAUCAGAUGCUGCGCUUACACCUACAACCGCCGCCUCGGGCACAGCCACGGUCUCUGGCAGCGCCACACCUCUCAGCGUCGGCUCGUCUCACACCUCUCUUGCCAUGGCCACAUUGACUAAAGACCUUAACAAGCUUUCCGUCAGCCAGGCAAGCUCAUCCGCAGCGGCAUCUUCUUCCUCGUCAUCGGCGUAUACCGAAUCUGAAGAUAAGGUCAUGGCGAGGGCGCUCACCGCAUACAACAUUCUCCUCAAGCUCGGCUUCUCGUCGUCUCAAGUCGAAGAUGCUCUCUCCAAUUCACCGUCUCCGGACGUGGAGGAUUGCCUGUCGUACCUUUAUCUCGCGCUCGAUGAAGAAGUGCUCGAAGACGCAAUUCGCGCUGGAGAGGGAAAAGCUGCCAAGAAUCGUCGAGGAAAGGAAUCCAACAAGAAAGACUUCCCGGCAUUGAAUGGCGCCGCCCCAGAUCAGGACGAAGCCGACCACGACGCUGACGACGAUUACGACGAGAGUAGACCUCCCGCCUACGAUGGAUACGAGUUCACUCGAUCAGAGACGCUUGGUAAAGGCGAUUUUGCACGCACGGAUCUGUCCUCUAAUGACAAGCAAGUGCCAGGCGCUGCUCCUCCUGCAAGUGCUCAGAAUGCAUCUGCGGCGUCAGUACCAGCGGAAGCAGUCGCCGGAACAAAGCAGGACGUCGACACUGAGAAGGUCGAAGCCCUCAAAAAAGCGUGCGACCGUCUCAUCCUCCAGCUGAACGACGACCUCGAAUCAAACCAGAUCGACACGCUCGAGAAACCAACAGCGACUUGGUCGAUCCUGCGAGCAAUGCAGAUCCGCAUCGACCAGGAAAGGUCCAAGUGGAAGAAGGAGCUCGGCAAAGAAGGUGAAUCGCACAUGAAGCACGAGGACGCCAGGCUCGAGCGAGUCCUCGGCCGCACCAAAGACUUCAUGCGCGAAUGCGAGCGCGGCGCCUACUUUGAUCAAAAGACCGCCACGGAUGGCUUCCGUCUGGUACUGCGUCAGCGUGAGGAGAUCGAAAAGCAGCUCAAAGCUGCCGACGACGAGGAAGACAAGAAACGACAACAGCGACGAGACGAAUUCGAAGCAGCAGCCGGGAUCGACUCUGCUUCUCCUACCGUUGGCAACGGCGCAGAUGUCAAACCUGUGUCGGCGAGCGAGGCCACCGCUUCCGACGAGAGCAGUCUCGGAAUCAAAGACACCCAAGCAGCAGACCAGACGGAUACCGACCCAAAGCUCGAUGCUGACUCGGACGAUGAGAGCGGCUUCUUCGGCGACCUCCUGAACGAAGGUCCUAUCGAGGACAAGGACGACGAAACCGGAUCCGUCAUCACCAUGCGCGACCUCCCAGCGCGAGCCAAGAGUGGAGGCGGAGGUAAGACUCCACGCGUCAUGCUCUCCGAUGCUCUCAAGCGCGCUGAUCCAUACUCGACGUACAAAUUCACCGCCAUUCCUUCCGGCGGUCGAGUUCACCGCAGCAAGCUUACCAUCCGCUGGAACGGAGGCAAAGUGGUCCCGAAUAAGCAUCCUGUCACCGCUGGUUCUCCCACCUACGUCGACGAGUAUACUCUUACCUCGGUCGGUUGCUCGUCGCAGCUCCAAGCGGACGACUUCGUGGCUACAAUUGCACUCUUCUGCAUUGACCGUGACAAAUCGGUACAGCGUGCUUUGCCGCCUGGUUAUCGUGAAUGGUGGGAAGAGCUCACUGGCCUCCAGAAGGACGAGCAUGACCGAAAGAGUCGAACCCGCUUCCAGCGCGUUCGAGACGUCAUUCGCGUCAGGAUGGAAGAGGCCAAUGCAGCAAAGAAGAUCAAGGGCAAGACAGCCCCUACCAACGCUUCGGCUGCAGCGGAACAGACCGAGCUCGGCGAGCUCUCGUCCGCCUCUGCGCCUCAACCAUCCGAAGCCCGCGCAAAGGAGAUUGCCGAAUACAUCGCAAACCGUGUCGCUUCGCCUUCCUACCAAAAGAUGCUUCCUGGCCGGCAAGGUCUUCCUAUCGCCAAUCAUCGACAAGAGAUUCUCGACCUGGUGGAGAACAACCAGAUCUUUGUGCUCAGCGGUGAGACGGGCUGUGGAAAGUCUACGCAGGUGCCCGCCUACAUUCUCGAGCAUUGCAUGUCGCAAGGUCGCAACUGCAAGAUCUAUGUCACCGAACCUAGGCGUAUCUCGGCCAUCUCGCUUGCCGAGCGUGUCAGCGAAGAAUUGGGCGAGCCUCGAAAGAGCGUCGGGAACAACGACAGCUUGGUUGGCUAUGCGAUCCGUCUUGAAAGCAACGUCGGGAAGAAUGCCCGGCUCGUCUACGCUACGACCGGUAUCGUCCUUCGAAUGCUCGAGGGAACUGCUUUCAACGAGAUCACGCACGUCAUCAUCGAUGAGGUUCACGAGCGCUCCAUCGAGUCCGACUUCCUACUCAUCAUCCUCAAGACGCUCAUCGCGCAUCGCAAGGACCUCAAGGUGAUCCUCAUGUCGGCCACGGUGGAUGCAGAGCGCAUCAGCAAGUACUGCGGCGGAUGCCCUACCAUUGCCGUUCCUGGACGCACCUUCCCCGUAAAUGUGCACUACCUAGAAGAUGCUGUCGAGAUGAGCAACUACAUCAUCGAGGACGACUCGCCCUACGCAUUCCGUCCAAAGCGCGGCUUCCGUAACGGCGACGGGUAUGCCCGUAAGCAGAACGCGCCCGGCAACAAGAGCAAGCUGCAGCUGCUGGCACAAGCUUCGCCCGAAGACGAAGACGACCCGGGUCUGCUGGACGAUGAUGACGACGAUCCAGACGGUCAAGGUCCCAGCACCGGCAGCCUGGGCAAGGCAUAUCGAAGCAAGACCAUCGAUACGCUGGCCAAGAUGAACGAGUAUGUUAUCAACCACGAUCUUAUCAUCAAGAUCCUCGAGCGCGUCUGCCUCGACAAAGACCUCGAGCCGUACAGCGCGGCCACGCUGAUCUUCAUGCCGGGUCUGGCCGAGAUCCGCAAGUGCCACGACAUGCUGGUCGACCAUCCUACGUUUGGGGGAGCAGGCUUUCAGCUCUUCCCGUUGCAUUCGACCAUCUCGUCUGAAAAUCAAGGCGCCGUAUUCAAUGUGCCUCCUCCCGGCGUUCGCAAGAUUGUCAUUGCCACCAACAUUGCCGAGACCGGUAUCACGAUUCCCGACAUCACCUGUGUCAUCGACUCGGGCAAACAUCGCGAGAUGCGGUAUGACGAGAAGCGCCAGAUCUCACGCCUGGUGGAGUGCUUCAUCGCCAGGAGCAACGCCAAGCAGCGACGCGGUCGUGCAGGCCGUGUGCAGGAGGGCAUCUGCUUCCACCUGUUCACCAAAUACCGUCACGAUUCGUACCUGGACGAGCAUCCACUGCCCGAGAUGCUCCGUUUGUCGCUGCAGGACUUGGCACUCAAGCUCAAGAUCAUGAAGAUCAAGAUCGGCCACUCUAUCGAGAAUGCUCUGUCGCAGGCGCUCGAUCCACCAAGCCCUGCCAACGUGCAGCGUGCCAUUGCAGCGCUCGUCGAGGUCAAGGCGCUCACGUCGACGGAAGAGAUCACGCAUCUCGGUCGGCACUUGUCCAAGAUGCCGCUCGAUGUGCACAUGGGCAAGUUUUUGCUGGUCGCCACCUUGUUCAAAUGUCUGGAUCCAGCCCUUACGAUCGCAGCGGCGCUCAACUCCAAGUCGCCGUUCAUGACACCCUUUGGUAAAGAGCUUGAGGCUGAUCGGGCCAAGCAGAGCUUCAAGUUGGGCGACUCGGACUUCCUCACCAUCGCCAACGCAUUCAAUGGCUUCCGUCGCUCGACUGUUCAGAAUCACCACCGCACGUUCUGCAACCGCAGCUUCCUGAGCAUUCAGAACCUGCUGCAGAUCGAGGAGCUACGACAGCAGUACUUUUCGUACCUGAUCGACGCCGGUUUCGUGAGCGUCGACGAUGCUUUCAAACAGGAGCUCAACAAGCUGAGGUACCGCAGCGGUGGCUCGGCCAACUUUUCCAAGCCGCGUUUCAUGACGAUACCGGCGCACCUCGACGUCAACUCGUCGAGUCUUGCCAUGAUCCACGCGACGCUGGCUGCCGGUCUCUAUCCGAAAUUGCUCAACAUCGACGGCAAGACAUACCAGCUCAAGACGAUCGGCAACAACCAGCCGACGUCGAUUCAUCCUUCUUCGGUCAACUUCAAGGCAAAAAUGUCGGAGCUGGUGCGCAGCUCGAGCAGCUACAUGCUGUACUACACGAUGAUGCAGAGCAAGAAGCUGUAUGCGUGGGAGACGGGUCUGAUGGACGACAAGGCGGUGUACAUGCUGUGCGGAGACGGAGAGUUUAAGCUGGCAUCGAACAGUCUGUACAUUGAUAGGCAGAGGAUCAGGAUUGCGAGUGCCGACCCCAAGACCCUUGUGGCGCUCAAGACGCUGAGGGAUGGAUUGGGCAAGCUGAUGAAGGCGAGCUUCAGGAACCCAGGCAAGGAAUGGAGCGAGGGACAGGAGAAGCUGUUCGAGUUGGCGUGCAAGGUACUCGGCGUCGGCGCCAACGAGAAGGACCUUGCGUUGCUGCAGUAG